UACUCCAGAGCGCUCAGCUCUCGACGCGAUCCAGCUCUCUCGGGGGCGGUGGUUGCAGGUGGUGUCCUCCCGCUCGGCACAGCGAGGCUUAGGGAGGAGGGAAGUGAGUCGGUUGGUCGGUCCCAAACGAGGUUCCAGCGGCCAGGGCCGCGCGGAGCUGUUGCUAUGGCAGCCGCCGCCGGGGGCGCGGACAACGAGCCGCGCUCGGGUCGCUCAAGCUCGGAUGGCGAGUGCGCGGUGGCGCCGGAGCCGCUGACCGGCCCCGAGGGCCUCUUCUCCUUCGCCGACUUCGGGUCUGCGCUGGGCGGCGGCGCGGGCCUCCCGGGCCUCCCGGGCCUCCCGGGCCGGGCGUCCGGCGGGGCCCAGCCUCCGCUGCCUUUUCUCCACGUCAUGUGGCAGCAGAACUCGGAGUCCCGCGAUGAUCUGCUCCGUAAGAUCCCCGCAGCCCUGCUGAGGCGCGCCAGGCCCCACCGCCGGUUCGGGCCCCUGGGCAAGGACGUGCACGCUCUGAAGAGGCUGCGGGACUCGGCCAAUGCCAACGACGUGGAAACGGUGCAGCGGCUGCUGGAAGAGGGCGCGGAUCCCCGUGCAGCGGAUGACAAGGGCCGCACAGCUUUACACUUUGCCUCCUGCAAUGGCAACGACGAAAUUGUGCAGCUGCUCCUGGACUACGGGGCUAAUCCCAACCAGCGAGAUGGGCUGGGGAACACACCACUGCACCUGGCGGCCUGCACCAACCAUGUGCCUGUCAUCACCACACUGCUACAAAGAGGGGCCCGUGUAGAUGCCCCGGACAGAGCUGGCCGCACACCCCUGCACCUGGCCAAGUCAAAGCUGAGCAUCCUGCAGGAAGGCCACUCCCAGUGCCUGGAGGCUGUGCGGCUGGAGGUGAAGCAGAUCAUCCAGAUGCUGAGGGAGUACCUGGAGAUCCUGGGGCGGCACAAGCAGCGGGAGCGGCUGGACAACCUGUGCACCCGCCUCCAGAUGACGAGCACCAGGGAGCAGGUGGAUGAAGUGACUGACCUCCUGGCCAGCUUCACCUCCCUCAGCUUGCAGAUGCAGAACAUGGAGAAAAGGUAGCAAGAGGAGCUCCUGCCUUCCUGCUCUGCCCUGCCCACCCUGCCCACCUGCUCUCAUUACAAAGAAAAGCCUGAUGCCUGGGGCUUUGGAGCUGCACUAGUCUGGGGGGCCUCGUCCUCACCCCCAGAUGUUGUGAGCCAGAGAUGUUCUCUCACCGACCUCAGAGCCUCUCCCAGCCAUGGUCUCCGUCAUCUCUGGGGCCUUGGACCACAGCCCCCAGCUUCUCCCUCUGACUCCCGUGGCAGUGCAGCCUCAGCUCAGCUCUGGCCGACACGCGCUGUCCUGGCGGCGCACUCAUCCCGUGGUCUUCCUGCACCCCCAGCAGGCCCAGGCCCUUCUCCGCGACCCUCCCCAGCCAUGGACCUGCUGCAGCCAGCAGGGGGAGCUUAGGGCAGGCGCCCCGGGCCCAGGGGGCUUCUCGGCUGGCCCUGCACCUCUAGAUUUGGCACCUGACAUUCAAGGCUGGUUUGCUGUUAGUCUCUCUAGUUGGAAGGAGAGGAUUGGUAAAGCCUAGACCCUAGAAAUACAAGGUUAGGAAGGGCCCUGCUGAACCCAGAGCAGAAAACCCCCAACCCUUUCUCUCCCCAUCACUGAGGCACCAGGAGGGCAGAGCAGUUCUGCAGCCUUGGAGUAGCCGUGUCAUGGCCCCCAAGACGCCCAUGAUCCAAUCCCAGGGACCUGUGAACGUGACCUCUUAUGGCAAAAGAGACUUUGCAGAUGUCAUAAGUUAAGGAUCUUUAGACAAGGUGACAACUAUCCUGAGUGUCCAGAGUCCUGACGUGAUCGGAGGGGCCCUUACGAGAGGGAAGCAGGUCAGAGAGGAAGUGGGGCUACGGUGACGGAAGCAAGAGGCUGGAGUCGCACGGGAAGGGCUCACAGGCCAAGGGAUGCAGGCGGCCUCCAGAAGCUACAAAAGGCAAGGAAAUGGCUUCUCCCCUCAGAACUUCCAGAAGGAACCAGCCCUGCCGACCCCUUGACUGUAGCCCAGUCGGACUAUUUGGGAAUUCUGAACUGUAAGAAUAAACUUGUGUUGU